AAAGCGAAUUCGAUUUCUUAGAAUGGUCACCGUUAAACGAUCGUAUGUUGAUGAUACCAGACGAUUGGACAAAUGAUACACUAUUCUCUUCGAUUAAUGGACCGUUCCCAUUUCCGGAUCCACGAGAAAUAGCAAGAGGUGCGGGUAUAGCCGAUUUUAUACAGCCAGGACUGGGAUCUCUGCAACCUAAUAUCGACGAUAUUGAUCUAACAUUUGAUGAGCUGCUACAGCCAACUCGUUUGCCGCCAGUGCCAGAGGAAGGCACUGACGAAAUGCUUAAAAAUGUGGAAUAUAAUCUAUCCGCAAUUAUGGGUUCCGAUCAGUUAGCGACGAACAAUAUGGUCGGUGUUGGUGGAAAUACCUCGAAUGCACUAACGGUUAGCGAUGAUGCUAAUAUGUUGGACUUGAACGCACCGCUUGAAACGAUUCAAUUUGAAUCAGCGAUGGCCCAACGUUAUCCGGCACCGUUGUCGCGUGAAAAUAGUGGCAGUCAGUUAUUGAAUACAUCAGGAUCUAAUCAAACGCAUGAAAUUAACUCUGUGGAUACAAUAAUGUCUGAGAAUCGUUCCUCUGCAGUAGGUGUUAAUGAAAGCAUGGGAUCUCCUGCCUCUACCUCAGAUUCGUCUGCUAUGCGCUUGCACUCUAAACAUUUCCCCACUACAAACGAUGGUGUCUCGAACAACCGAUCCUCAAGUAACGAAUUUCCAAGCAAAAGCGUGAUGAAAGGUCGUAUUUCAAAGAACCAACGACCAUUUAGACGUGAGCCACAUAACUACGAUAAAGCUCAGCCUACGCUGCAUCAAACAACCAUAUAUCAGCAAAUGUUGGCAGAACACCAAAAGAGCCAACAAAAUCAACAUUUGCAGCCUUCCUUACCUUGUACUGGCUUGCAGCAUCAAGCAAUGGCAUACCAUGCGCACCAACAACAACAGCAGCAGCAGCAACUGCAAUCAACGCCCACACAAUAUGCAACCCCAACUUCACUUAUAAGUGGAUCAAGUGGUACGGGAAGUGGCACUGUAUACGGUGCCUAUGGCAAUGUUGAUGUUUCAUCGUCUUCUAAUAGUGGCCUUAACAUUAACAAUAAUCUACUUAAUGUUUCUAUGAUAAACCCAAAGCCCAAGGGUUAUGCAAUAAUACAAACAACCACAAAUUGUCUCUCCAGCGCACCCCAAAUCAAUACCAAUAAUUCUACAAACACAUCAAUGAUGUUACAAACGGUAAAAACCGAGCCGCCUUCAGCCGAUGUGUUAUCCAUGUAUAAUUUAAACACUUCAAAUGAUGCGUAUGGCGGCGUUAAUACAAAUUUAAGUAGUAAUAAUAAUUCAAAUGCAUACAAACCUUACCCAAGUGUGAGUAAUUUUAAAAAAUCCGCUUCCACUGGUGGCUACAUAAAUAUGCGUGUCAAUACAAAUUCACCUUAUAUGCAUGAUCAGUCGUCUACUGCACAACAUGUGCAUCAACAAUCGCUGCCACUUAAUUUAGGCUGUCAGGUGUCCGCUUUGCCCAGCCCUCUACAAUUACAGGUACAAUCACAAUGCCAACUAUCACCUUCUUCUAGUCAUCAACACCAACAACAACAACAAGCAAGUCAGCAUCUUCUGACAACACAACAACAGCAUCAAAUGCAGCAGCUUAGUCAGCAACAGCAACAAACGGCAGUUAACAUUAUGCCGCGCGAAAUGUUUAGAUCAAAUAGUUUGCCACUUAAUGUAACACUACAGAAACUGGAAUCACGCUCCAGCCACGACAAUUUCGCUGUACCAAAAUAUCAAGCGAAAAAUAAUAAACCACGUUCGCGUAGUAACUCCAUACACCAACAUACAAUUGUAGCACCAAACGGUGCUAACAAGGCGAACAGUGCAAAAAGUAAUAGUCUCAUGGUGGCGCCACAGUUACAGUCUGCCACCAGCGAUCCCAUGCUGAAUAAUAGUACCUUAGCGCAACUUCUGACAACUAACUCCCGGUCGUUGCUUAAAAAACAAAGUUCUUCCUCAAGUGCCAUAUCUAAUUUAAACGUACCUAUGGAUGCCAUGCCAAUGCCAGCUGUUGUUGUACCACCGCCGGCAUCUUCGGCUGUAUCUGUAAAUGCAAAUAAAUCCCAAAAUAUUGGCAAUACACCCACCACCGCCAAUUAUUUUACAACUUCCAAUGUUCAAUGCACAAUAAGCACAACAGCAGGAACGCCGGCGGAGGCAACAUACACUCGCCAUGGGAUGCAUAUGCAUCAAGAACAGCUACAGAAAUCACCAAAAAAAUCUACUUCACUGCCAACACCGGCAGCACCUCCGAUGUUGCAUAGUCCUCCUGGUAGUAAGAUGAUGAGCUAUCCACCAACGGCCAGUCAGGCAGCAAUGUGCACUAAUACGAUGAGUUUAUCACCAGAAUCAUUUCAUGAUCAAGACUCACCGCUCUCGCCAACACAUAGCUUGAAGUUUCCCAGGGAGAAUCAAAGGCGCGCCGGGCACAUUCAUGCGGAGCAAAAGCGACGAUACAAUAUUAAAAACGGCUUUGAUUUAUUGCAUUCACUUAUACCGCAAUUGCAACAGAAUCCCAAUGCUAAGUUAAGUAAAGCAGCAAUGCUGCAAAAAGGCGCGGAUCAUAUAAAACAUUUGCGUGCUGAACGCAACCAAUUGAACGAUCACAUGGAAGCAUUGUUAAAAGAGAGGGAUAUACUUAAUAACUCGCUUACACAUUUGCAUUCAAUCCUUCCAGCGAAUGGUGCACCUGUAACACGUCAGGGUACGGAACAUGUUCGGCAGUUGUAUGAUCAAUAUGUACGCCAUCGUACAAUGCAAGACUGGAAGUUUUGGAUUUUGGGACUUAUAUUGGAACCACUGUUGUCAUCUUAUACUGCAUCAGUGUCAAGUGCCAGUCUAGAGGAAUUACGACGCACUGCGUUUUUAUGGGUUGAUCAGCAUUGUUCGUUGAUUGAUUUGCGACCAGCGGUUUCUAAUAAAUUAAAGUACUUGUCAAUGAAAACCGAUAUUUUGUCCGAUCCCCCAUCAACAUUGCAGGACGAAGUUGCAAAGGCUGUUUACAACAAUAGCGGACACCAUCCAAAUUUACAUGGAACUUAAAAUACGUACAUUCAUAUGUAAAUUAGUUAUAGUGAUAUAAAAUUUUUCGGUUUUAUUGAUAAUAUUUUCAAGAAUUUGUACAAAUCUUUUUUAUUCUUAAAAACGUGCCUAUGAAGUUUAAAAAAUAUAGUUAUUGUUAUACGUUAAUAAAGAAUAAAUAAAAAAAUUUAUAACAUA